AUGACAUCCUCGAGCGACUCAGCACCAGCUGUCGACCGGGCGGCCUCUGCGCCGGCGCCGGCCCCGAUCCUUUUCCGCGCAAACAAGAAGCGUAAAGUAGGCCUCCGCCAACGCGCCGCAUCACCCGACGACACCGCCACCUCUCCAUUAGAAGCUUCGAAUGCGACACACUCGAAAGAAACUGAGGCCGUCGUGCCGAUGACGUCCGGCGCUGUCACAGUCCCCACCGCCGACGAAGAAACCGAAUCCUACAUCCCCGCUGCCUUCCGCCAACGGUCCCGCAAGCGCCUCAACGGCGUAGGUUUCUCAGCGCGCGGAAUUACCACGGCGGCAGGAGCAUCGGCAGAUGACGCAGAUCUCUUAUCGUGGACAGCAUCAUCAUCGUCAUCAUCAUCGCGCGCGCUGGUCCCCGCCGCGGCGUCGCAGCCUGACGAUGAACCUCUCGUCACGAAGCGUUUCGCGCCACAGACGGGCACGGCCGCGGCUACCGUUGUCAAUAAACACAUGAUGGAAUACAUAGAAUCCCACCUCUCUAACCGCAAAUCCUCCGCCGCGCACCCCGCCCCACACCCCCCACCGUCCGCGUCGGCAGCAUCAUCACCACCGCCACCCAUCGCCGAUCCGGACCCCAAGAACCACCCCAUCAUGCAGGGCAAGCUCAUGGAGGUCGACCUUGGCGAUGAGGUCCGCGCCCGCAACCAGGCUAUGACCGAAAAAGCCGCCCGCCGCCUUCUCGGCGAGGUCGACGGUGCGGGCGCCGACAACCCAGACGGCCGGAAGGGGAAGAAGCCUCGCCUUGGAAGGGACGGCAAACCCUGGCGGCCCCGAAACCGUCGUAAUAGCGACGACAUCAAGCGGGACCAGCUUGUCGAGGAAAUUCUGCGCGAAAACAGACUCGACGUUUACGACGUGCCGAAGCCCCAAGAACCCCAGAAUGAGGGCCCUGGUGACGCUGACGACCGCAUUGCUGAGGAAUUCCGACGUGAGUUCAUGGACGCUAUGGUCCAGCGCCAGCAGAGGAAGAAGACGGCUGCAGCGCCGGCCCGCGCGGGAGCCCGCAAGGCAGACGAGGACGUCCUCAAGGGACCGAAGCUGGGUGGCAGUCGCAAUUCUAGAGCGGCCAUGCGCGACUUGCUUCUCAAGAAGGAGAAGGAGAAAGAGAAGGACUUGCGAAGGUAA